GAAAAGCUUUUUUUUUUUUGAGUCGUUUGGCUAAUCUAUGUAAUCCUCGUUUUAAAUAAUUUUAAAAUAAAAGCUGAUUUAAGAAUCGUUUAGAUAAGUUUGUUUAGCGAUUAAAAUGAGUAUUUUAUUGACAAAUUUAGGUUACGGUCCUUUUGGAGACGGGUCAAUAAAUAAAGCAAUGUCAGCAAAACUCCCUCUCCUAACUCAACCUGCUCCUGAUUUUUGUGGUACUGCUGUAAUUGAUGGAGAAUUUAAAGAAAUUAAAUUAUCUGAUUAUAAAGGAAAAUAUCUUGUAUUAUUUUUCUAUCCUAUGGAUUUCACAUUUGUUUGCCCAACAGAAAUUAUAGCUUUCAGUGAUCGUGUAGAUGAGUUUAAGAAAAUCAAUUGUGAAAUAAUAGGAUGUUCUACUGAUAGUCACUUCACUCAUUUGGCUUGGAUUAAUACUCCUCGUAAAGAAGGUGGUCUUGGAAAAAUGAAAAUUCCUCUUCUUGCUGAUAAAAGUACACAAAUUUCUAAAGAUUAUGGAGUAUUGAAGGAAGAUGCUGGUGUUUCUUUUAGAGGUCUUUUCAUCAUUGAUGAUAAAGGUAGAUUGCGUCAAAUAACUGUUAAUGAUAUGCCUGUUGGAAGAUCAGUGGAUGAAACACUAAGAUUAGUUCAAGCUUUCCAACACACAGAUAAAUUUGGAGAAGUGUGUCCAGCUGGAUGGAAACCUGGCAGUGAUACUAUGGUUCCUGAUCCUGUGGGAAGCAAAGCAUACUUCCAAAAACAUUAAACAAUUCUUUUGACUGUCACAAACAGUUGAAGCUGUAAUAACUUCUUGUUUUUUUGAAAAUGGGACCCAAUAAAGUUCUUUCAAAAUGAAUA